AUGAGUGGGGAGUCGGCACCUUCAAAGGACGACAACAGCACGAACAAUAUAUACCCGGAGAGGAAGGAGACGGGUCCAAACUCCCAGGCUCAUCCGUGGCCGUUCUACCUUGAUGAGCAAGGCCAGAGGCGACCGAUCAUGGAGGAAGCCGUUAGACCACAGGCCUCGGCCAACGGCGACAACGAUGCUGUGCCUGCUGCAUUGGCGAUCAAGUUCGCGGGGCGUCGUGCGGGCUCUGAUGCUUCUGCAGAGGUCCGGCCUCUUGUGAUGAGGCCCGCCAGUCCAGCUGAGACAGACUCCUUCAUCCCGGCGCCGCUCAACAUCUCUCGGCCUUCGCAGUCAUCACCGCCUCCACUCUCACCCAAGAAGUACAAGCCCUACCAGCCGCCAACUUCCCUGGAAGAGCCAAAGUCGCCAUCGCUCGCUGGUCACCCUAAGCAUGAGCCAGGCCAAGCCUAUAGGCCGUACCGUCGGCCGUCAUAUGAUGACAGGCCGUCUGCGAGCGCUGCUCCCGUUCCGACCGCGGCGCCUGUAUCAGGCUAUGGAGCAGUUGGCAGCGCUCCAACUUCGCCAGCGCCCUCGGCUCAACCAUUCAGAUACCCAUCUCCUGCGGGCAAAGAACAACAAUCUCUGGCAGCCGUUCCACCUACGGCAUCUCCUAAGAUACCUGCGGCAGGCUCGCCCGCUCUAGGGAAUAGAACCCCAUCUCCUUCUCUCAGACCUUAUCAACCCCCAUAUGUUGAAUAUGAGGUAGGCAACCAGGCCAGCCAGCCACCUCCACCGCCCGUUCCGCUCAAGACUCGCCCUCCCGCGGUUGAUUCUAGCGCUCAUCAGGAGUCCGGAGCACAUGCUGGACAGCCAGGAAGUCCGCCUAUUCCUCCUAA